UUUGUUUGUUUUACUGUUUAAUUACAAACAUUUGACAAGCUUUCCUUUUUUAAAGUUUUUGUAUAUGUUUCGUUAAUUAUAUGUAAAUGUUUUGAGUAUUUAUUUAUUUUUGUCAGAAAGGACACGAAAACAUUGAAAACCCGAAUGUCUCCUUUUAGUAAUUGUGUAAUUAAUAUUUGUUAUUGUAUUACCUGCUCUUCUGAUAAAUUACAAUUUUUAAAGACGUUAUUUAUGAAUAUAUCUCAUUCAAUUUGUUGAUUCUCUGUAAUUGCAUUACGAACGAUAUUAUAAGGUUGUUGCAGCAUCCGAGAAGGCAAGCAACUCCAGACAACGGCCAUGAAAGCCUGCAGUCUUUAUUAAAAUUACCAUGUUUACUUUUUUUUUGCGGAGGGCACAUCCUUCUACCUACUGCAUUUUAUUUUCUUGAACAUUGGUUAGGAUGAUCUACCAAACAACUGCGAGAAACACAGUGAGAAUAGAUUGCAGCAGGAAGUUUGCUGUGCUAUCCAUGUUCGUGGUUGAGAAAGCAGAGUUGCUCAGAUUUACUAUACAAAAAAAGUUUAAUAAACAGCAAACUUAAGGAAGGUGUAAAACAUAUGAUUCCAAAAUGGACAUGGAAAUAUUGCAGAUGUGCAAUGUUGAUGAUGACAUGGAAAAGUCCAUCUCAUUUGAAGAACUUGUAAUGUUUGCAUUGUCCAUACGUUCCAGUAUUGAGAAUAUAUCGGAGGAUGCACAUCCACUAAGCGAUGUCUCGCCAAACAUUAUCCAGGAAAGUGAUCAUGAAAUUAGAAUCAUGAAACCAGCAAGAACAGUGAGAAGAGAAACGUGUUUAAACAAUUCUCUUUACAGCGCCUUUAGCUCCACUGAUGUGAAGAAAUUGUUUGCUUCAAACCCAGAUGUCCUUAACAAAGUUCUGCCACCAAACAGUGGUGCCCAGAUUGGAGCGAUGGACGUGAAAGCUGUCAGGAGGGGUUGCGUAAUGAUUGCCGACGAAGAGUUAGAUUUAGACGAUGAGAACGAGGCCGUGUGGAGGAGCUCGGUAGAUGCGGAGAUCGACUUCCUCGUCCCCAAGAGCUGCUCGGACGAGGACGCCGCCACCAUCAAGCACGUGAUGGUCACGGACGAUCUGAAAUUCCAUUGCAAGUUGUGUGGACUGCACUUGGCAACCUACGAGGACUUGUUCGCGCACCUCAACUCGCUGUCGCACAAAAUGCUCACAGAGAAGGAAGAAAGGCGCCUAGAUUUCGUGUACCACAAGAACCUGCUGCUCAAAGUGAAACAGGUGCGGGAGCUACUUGCCGAGGAGGGGGAUCACAUCAGCGUUCUCCAGGGGGAGCGGUACAAUUGCAAGCUGUGUGACAAAUGUUUCUACUGCGAACUGGACAUGUUCUGCCACGUGACGUCGCUGAAGCACCAGCUGUUGAAAGUGAGGUACGAGAGCAGUAACAGAGGGCUGUGGCGGCUGCUGGAAGCGAACAGUAUGGUGCAGCACGGCCAGACGUGGGAGUGCUCCGUGUGCGGCACUGGUGCAGUGACACUGGCCGAAGCAGUGAUGCACAUCAAGAAGGAAGAGCACAAAGAGGAUUUGGUGAAAGAACAUGCAAAGGUCGUUUGUGGAACGUGCGAAGAGCUGGCUGCCAGUGCAUUUCCUAAUUCAGAAACGUGCAUUGCCAAGACAGAAAACACAUCAGAAGUAGUAUGUCCACAACAACCAACUCAGUGUGUGAACAAACAUACUGUUGGAGGGUUGAGAGAGACUGCCCCGCACCUCACAACUAAAGAAGAAAAUGAAAAUUUACAAAACAAGAUAUUUCAUGAAGAGUAUAAAUACCUGCUUUACAUGUGCAAAGACAUUUUCUUCUGCAAGCUGUGCACGACGUUUGUGAGUGCAUACGGUGUCGACUACCACGUGUACAGCACGCUUCACAGCCAGGCUCUGGAAGAGAGGACUAUCGUUCUGUCCCGGUUGUGGCUCACGGUCAGACUCCAGGAGCAGGGCGACUGGGGCAACGUGGCGGGCGACCGUGGGGACCCCACGCUGUUCGAGUGCCGUCUGUGCGGGGUGGCGUGCCUGGGGCUGGAGGAAGUGCCGGGGCACGUGGCGGGCGAGGCCCACGUCUCCAGCCUGGGGCAGGGACUGGUGCGGUACCGCAGGCUGUCGGGGGACUCCCUGGCGUGCCGGCUGUGUCACUCCGUGGUGCGUGACGACGAGUACGCCUCCCACGCACGCUCCGAGGCACACCGAGCCGCGUUCUCGUUGCAGGCGCACAGGCUGCAGCUCAGGCAGAACCUGCAGGAGCUGUUUGCCAAGCUGCCCGAGGUUCUGAGCAUGCACCGGGAGUACUUCAGGCCGGCGUCUGGCACGGAGGCGAGAUGCGUGCUGUGCAAGUGCGACGUGCCCCUGGCCGCGGACGACGUUUGGGCCCACGUCAACGACACCUACCACGUUUCACACAUGAACUACUGCGUGCAGAAAAUGCUGGCCAACCACAAAGUGGCAGACGAAGACAAACUGGAGGCAGCCCAGUGCAAAAACUUGAAAACUCUUCCGAUCUGCAACGAUGAUGAUGAUGAUGAUGCCAACACUGAUGUUUUAAGUGACACUGAACUGUCACAAAUUGAUGUAGCCAGCUUUGAUAAUGUAGAAGAUGAUAAAGAAAAUGAAAACAAAUUCAGUAUAGAUUGUAUGAGAACAAUUUAUUCCAAAUUCAGUGUGUUACCACAAAGCAUAAAAACAAUGUUUUCGUCACAGAAGAAUUUCAACAAACACUGCAAUGAACUUCUUGGUCUUUCUGGAAAUGAAUUCUUGUCAACCCAGAAUUCGCAGAUUAUUGCCAUGCUCCAGCAGACUUUCCAACCAGUGUUCCAAGAGUGUAAAAUUGUUAUCUUUGGAUCGAGGAUGGCUGGAUUUGCUGUCCAGAGUAAUGACAUUGAUGUCUAUCUUGAUGUAGGCGGCAGCAAGCUGAAGAGCCACGAGCACCAGGUGUGUCAGAGGUUGUUUGUGAGGAUGGGCUACAUGCUGCUGCGCAGUCACGAGGAAUGCAGGAACUUGAAGGAGGUGCCAUAUGCCCGCACGCCCAUCGUAAGGCUCACGUACGUCCCUCUGGGGAUUGACUGCGACAUAAAUUUUGUAAAUGAAAUGAGCGUGUACAACACCCAGCUUGUGAGAUUUUAUUCCAUGAUUGACGAGAGGGUGAAGAUGCUAAUUUUGAUAUUGCGACACUGGGCUAAAACCACGAGGGCUACCAGGUUGGGCACUUUGGCCAAGAUAUCAAACUAUGCACUCACGCUUCUGGUGAUAUUUUACCUGCAGCAGCUUGAACAACCAGUUGUGCCAACUGUUGAAUUCCUGCAAUCUCAUCACACUGGAGAAGAAAAAUUCAUUCGAGGCUGGAACUGCAGCUUCUCGCAGGACCGGACGGCCGUGCCCGAGACCCGGAACGAGGCGUCGACGGCACGGCUCCUGCGCGGCUUCUUCGAGUUCUGCGGCGGCACGGACCUGGGCCAGGCGGUGCUGUGCCCCCACAGCGGGCGCCGCAUGUCGCGGCCGGGCUUCGCGCGGUGGAUGGGGCGGCAGCGCGCGCGGGAGAGGUUCUGCCUCAAGUCGCCCCUGUGCGUGCAGGACCCACUGGACCUGAGCCACAACGUGACCAAGGGCGUGACGGCCCAGUGCCUGGCCUCCUUCCAGCUGGCCUGCCUGGCGUCCGCGCAGCUCGCCGCCGCGCUCUGACACGCUUCUCGCACCGACUCUGUACUAUCACCAGGCGAUAGCCAUUAAACAGACUUCGUAACAA